UUGGUGGAUUGGGCAUCUGGUAUCCAUGUGGCUGUCUGUGGUGACGGAGCUUUCGACAAUGUUACAAGUUCAUUUAAAUCGGCAUUCGCUGAAGUUUUGAACAAAUUUUGUCAAAACAUUACCGCAUGUCGUCUUCAACGAAGUGUUGCUUUUAAUCCUGGAGAUAUUAUGGUACUAGAGGGAUAUCCUCGACGAGAAUACAAUGGUGUAAGAAUUCGUUUUGUGGUAAUAUUACCUGGCAAUGUUUUAUUGCCUGACGAACAACAACGGCCUUUGCUUCCAAAAGCAGUGAUUUUCAGUAACCAAAAUUUGCAUGAUCUUGAGAGCCGUAUGCAGAUGUAUAUCGUUGAAUAUGAACGAUAUCCACGAUUUGAUGCAAUCACCGAAUUUAUGAAUACUGCUGUGAUACCGAUCGGAUUUCUGCUAAUGGUUAUCAUGUUUGGACUUGCAUACUGGACGAGUACAUUAACGUUUGAACUUUUUGUUUUCUUAGGCCUUGGUGUAGAGGAAAUAUCGGUUUAUUAUUUAGAUGCAUACAUUUUCAAAAAAUCAAAUAGUGCUAUACCAACACUGUUGCUUUUGGUCCUUCACAAAUACACAAAAUUGCCUACAAACCUUUUCCUUCACCUUGCAAACUGA